AUGUUUUUGAUAAAGAAACUAAAGAAUAAAUCCCAAAAAUCAUCAACGGAUCAAUCAUUGUCUCCAUUUAUUGAAUAUAUUCUUGAAACAGAUAUUAAUGAAAUUCGGUUUAAAAAUGUAUUAAUUACUAAAUUUUUAUUUCGAUUUCCAAAUGAAAUUAUACUUGAAUUAUUAUCAUUUGUACCUGAUUUUUAUUUAGUACUUUUCUUUCUGAUUAAUAUUUCAAAAAUUCGAUUUUUAGAAGAUGAAUUAUUUAUACCUGGUACAAGAAUUAUUUAUAUUGAUUGGUUUCCAAACAAUUUAGAUGAAACUAGAUUAAAUUUUAAAAUUUUUGAAGAAUUGAUUAUUUCAAAAAAGAUUAAUAUUAGAUUUUUAGAAAUUUUUCAAUUUAGUUGUAUUGAAUUAAAUAAAGAUGAUUGGCAAAUUCCAUUAUUUUUAUUUCCAUUUAUUGUUCGGUAUAAAAAUCAAAAUAAAACUAAAGCUGAUAUUGAUGAUUGGAAUAGAAUUCCAAAAUUGAAUGAUUUACAGGAGGAUUUCUUAUUAAAUCAAUAUUCAAUAAUAAUUAAAGAAUAUAAACGUAAAAUUCAUGAUUUUAAUAAAUGUCAAGAUGAUGCUCAACAAGAUUUUUUUAAAAGAAUUAAAAAUACAAAUUUUCAAUUUACUAUUAAAAGUAUGGAACAAAAUUCAUGUUUUAAAAAUUAUCAAUUUUCAAGAUUACAUUUGAAAACUUAUUAUUUAUAUCGAGGUUCAAGAAGUUUAAAUAAUUUAUUUAAUUUUAAAAAAUUGACUAAAUUGACUAUAGAUUUUUUAUAUCCUGGUUAUCGUAUACCAAAUUGGAAAAAAAUUGUUUCAAAAUUGGUUGCUUUGAAAUAUUUCACAUUAAAUAUAGGUAAACUUCAUUCAGAUGACAUUCAAUUGAUUUUACAAAUAAAAACAUUGGUUGAAUUUAAUUUUAAAACUUAUUUUAAUUGGAGAGUUGAAUAUUGGAAAAAGAUUGUUGAUACUCAUCGAGCAAAGUUGGGUAAAGAUUGUCCAAAAAUCUCCAUGAAGUUUGUCAAUCCUCCUUAA